AUGUCCAGAAACACCAUUGAUAUUAACAAGUCCCUUCCUGCUAUUCCUUCGGUAAACCUUGAAAUACAGGAGGAGCAUGAUGAAGUACAGAAAGAAUAUGAUGAUUCUGAUCAAGAUGACAAUUCGAUGCAAGGAAUGCCUUCAAUGCAUUUUUCACAAAAUCCAAAAGCGAAUGAUGAUGCACAACGUAUUUCAGAAAAGAUUUCUCACCAUGUCAUGGAUAUAAGCAGUAAAAUGUUUGCGCAUGACACAGAUAUUACAAAAGAUGGCGAAGUUAUUACAAAAACCAUUGAAAGAGAUGUUAAUGCUACUAUAACCAAUGGAAAUUUUAUAACCAUUGGUAACGACCAGCGUGCAAAAAUUGGUAACUAUGGUGUAUUUGAUUAG